AUGGAAUCAAAACAGCCUAAACUAGUUCAAAAGAAUGAUUCAACAGAGUCUGAAGGACAAGUAGAAGUGGCUGCUGCUUCCAGGCAAGAAAUAGAGAAUCUAAAACGAGACAAUAAAGAUCUUCUUAACCAACUUUCUAAUUUGCAAGCAAAAUAUGAUGAAUUGCUUAAAUCAACUAACGUAUUUACAGAUACUUCAUCUUUAAAGAACGUUAAUGGCGAUAAUGAUUCAAAUAACAAUUUACCGCCAAACCAAACAAACAAUUCAUCAGGUGAAAAUAAUCAUUUAUAUGAGCAUCUUUUAUCCUUACUUGCAAAUCACGAAUCUAAUGAAAAACAGGAUUCUUCUUCAGAUAGUUUUACGAAAGGAGGUGAUAAUCGCCUUUCUGCCAAAUACAACACAGUCAUUAACGAAUUACUAGAAGUUCAAAAGCAGAACGACGAGCUUCUCAACGAAAAUGUCGAAUUAGAAAAAGAAAACGAUCAACUUCGAAAUCAGCUUGCUACUGCUACAUCCGAUUUGAAAGAGAGCGAAAAGAUUAUAAAAGGUCUGAAUGCUCAAUUAUCUUCACUUCGAAGGGAAUUAGACGCAAGAAUCGGAGAUAACGAAAAAGCCGACCACAGAUUAUUGGUUACCGAUACAGAGAAGCAGGUAGUUCAAAUGCAAUACGAAGAACUCCAAAACCAGGCUGUUAAAAGAAAAAUUAAAAUAAACGGUCUCAAGAAACUCAACGAGAAACUCCAGGAAGAUAAUAAAUCUAUCAGUAAAAAGAACGCUACACUCAACAUGGAAUACCAGAAACUCCAAUUUGCAUACGAAGAAUUAAAUAGACAAUAUGAGAUCAAUCUAAGCGAUAAAACAAACGAAGAAGCGUUACAAACCAAAGAAAAACAGAUACAGAAAUUACAAAAGGCGUUAGAUGACAUGACUUCUCAUCUUGAAUCUACAUGUUCAGAUUUAACCUCCGAAAACGAGAGAAGGACACAAAUGCAAAGCGUUUUACAGAAGCAGAACCAAUUAUUAUCAUUAUUAGAACAAAAAGUUACUACUUUUUCAGAAGAAAACUCAAAUCUGAAAUCCCAAAUCGAAUCUCUCAAGCAAGAGAACUCAGAUUUGAAUCCCUUCAAGACCACGAGACAGUGCCCACACAAGGAAGUCAGUAUAGCCCUUCUAAACUACAUAAAAUCAGAACUUCCUGAAACAAAUCUUUCAAUUGAACUCGAAAACAUUCUUUGCCAAUCCGAACUCGAUACAACGGAAAAGGUUGUCACUGCCUUUUCAACGCUACUCAAUUCUUCCCUCUGCAGCAACGCGUUUACCAUCAAAAUGGACCAAUAUAAUUCUGACAUGACCGAGCUGAAGACACAAAACAACAGACUUGUCAAUUAUAUCGCAAACAUGGUCCAGUUCAUCGACCACGUUGCAAACAGCGGUGAUAUCCAAGAGUGGCUCAUCGGACACGUACAACCUGAAGACUUUAGAAACUCCUUGAAUUCUCAAGUCGCAAGAAUUCAGAGUUACUUGCAAUCCAACAAACUUUUGAACGAAAAUGAAGAUUUAUGUGAUUCAUUUGCACACUUUCCAACAUACAUCAACAAGAAACUUGCAAAAGAAGAUGUCUACAAGUCGAAUGACAAUGAAUUAUUAUGUCUUUUGCAAAUGUUUUCUCUUGCAAAUGACAUUUUAACGAAAUUCAGUGUCGAAUUGCAAAACAGAAGUUCUUUGUUGAUGGCGGAGUUAAGAAGAACAAGAGAUGAAUUCGCUGAAAGUGAGCAAUCAACAAAAGACGAAAUAGAACUUAAGACACAAGAAAUUGAAAUCGAAAAACAGAAUUUGAUUGAAGAAAACGAAAUUUUGCAGAGAAAAAUUGAAAAUGCAAAAGAAGAACUUAGAAAAUCCGAAGUUUCGAAUUCUUUGGCAAUUCUUCAGUUGUUGAAUGAUGAUUUAGACAAUUCAGAAGUUGUUCCAUCCAAUGACGAAUACACACAACAAAUUGAGCAGAAGUUGUAUCAAAAACAAGAAGAAAUGAAGAAGAAAGAUGAAGAGAACCAGAAAGAAAAAGAAAAUUUGAUGAACCAAAUCAAUGAUCUUAAGAAGAAAUUGGGUGAUUUGUCAACAGAAAAAAGGAACUUAAAUGAAAAAAUGGAGAAAGAAAAAGACAUUUUCGAGGAAGAAAUCGAAAAUCUUAAAGAAGACAAUGAAACAAUCAAAAACUUGAAUGAUAAAUAUGUUGAAGAAAUCAACAAACUCAAAGAAUUAGUUGCUGAAGAACUAGAACACAACAAACAAUUGAUUGAAGCGCAUGAAAAAGCGAUGAAUGACUUGCAGAAUGAUAUUGAAGAGAAACAUCAAAAAGAACUGAUGCAAGUAGGUGAUGAAAUUGAUAAAUUACAUAAUCUCAUCACGAAGAAAGAAGAAGAAAACACAGAAGCAUUAAAACAAGUAAAGAAUCAGUUCAGAGAUGAAAUAAAUAAACUUAAAAAUGAAAAAGAAGAAGCUGAAAAACAUUCAGAAGAAAUCACCGAAAACUAUGAAAAUUUGUGUGAAAACUAUAAGCAAAAGAUGGAAGAAGCAAGAGAAAAUGAAUCUAAAGCAAGAGAAGAAAUGAUUCGUGUUCAAACAACAAACAAAUCAUUGAACGACGAACUCAGCGAAAUCAGAGUUGAUUUCAAGAUGUUGGCAAUGAAAUAUAAGAGUUUAGAAGAGAAAUCUAAACGAGAAAAACAACAAAUUGAAGCAAAGAUGCAAAUGGUCAACAUGGCAAAUGAAGCUGCAAUGAAGAAGAAAGUUGGAGAAGCUGAAAUUGUUGCAAGAGAAUCAUUCAAGAAUUUCUUGAUUUCUGUUUGUGAAAAAUUCACUUCAUUUGUUGACUUUUCGAAACAAAUUGAUGAAAAUUCAGUGAAUGAAUUACUAGAUAAAGUCAGUUUGGAAGUAGAAAGCAAGUCAGCAAAUGGAAUGAACUUCACAAGACAGAUCAGCGAAUACAAAGAUGCUAAAGCUCUUUUAGGAAUCAAAGAUGAAGAAUCCCUCGUAAAUAAUUUGCAAAAAUUAGUUGAAAAAUGCAGAGAUUACGAGAAUAUGAAGACUUCAAUCGAAUCAGAACAUUCUGAAGUUAAAGACUUACUUAACAAAGUCUCCAAACAAUCACAAUCUGCUUCAGAAGCACAAGAUUGGUUGGAAUGGGCUGUUAACUUACAUGGAAUUAUUUCUGACAGUUUUUCAUUGGUUAAAAAACCAAGCGAAUUGAGAUUUGCAAUUGGAGAAGCUGUCAUGUCUUCACUCGGUAAGAAGAGGUUAUGGAGACACAUGGAGAUUUUAAGAUCUGAGAAACAGAUCUUCGUCAAUGGCCUUGAUCGACAAAAAGUUGUUAUUCCACGAACAACAAUUACAACAUUGACUGCAGUUUUAGUUUCGAUUAGAAGAAUCCAGAAAAUGAGUGGACAUUUGUUUUCUCCUAUUUCUAUUCCUAGAAAUAAUGAAGAAACACAGAUAUUGUCUUUAACACCAAGAAGAGGUAAGGUUAUGGAAAGUAACUCGCCAAAGAAGAAUUGGCCUUUACUAAUUCCAAAAUAA